AUGAAGCUCGACAACUUUCCACCUCUCCCAAACAUGGGCCGCCUUGAUGAUGUCGUGCGCGCAGCGUACCGCACCGCCUUUUUAGACGCCUUGAACGAUGGCCGUGCCAAACCGCUCCUGAUCCCUUAUAGUAUCCUGGCGGCUUCCAUUCUUCCUGCUUUAUGGCUUGCUAUCCCGCAUACCUCGAGACCAUGGGUCUAUCAGACAAGAUGGCUGGUCAUGGCCUUUGUGAUUUGCUUCAACGGCCAUAUUAUGAGGACAGCAUCGAGUACUAAUUUUGCCUGGGCUUAUGCGACGGGUCUGAUGGCGAGCUGGGGGACAAUCAUGGCAAUGAAUUUGUUGAUUUGGACGAGGCCGCAGUUUGAUGCGGCGAGGGCUAUCAAGGUGAAGAUAGCGAAGAAGAAAGCGAUGAACGGGAACAGUGGCAAUGGGACUGCAGGUGAGAAUGGAGUACGGCUGCGGAAUGGACACGCAAAUACGGCCUCACAUAAGGAAAAUGGGACAAAGGAUGACAUCAAGGAGGAAGAUCAGUACAUUUGGCAAAAGUUCCCAGAGGAGGGAACUUUCUCGGAGCGGCUAGGUUGGGCUUUCGACCUAUCGUGCAGUUUUCGGGGUGCAGGCUGGAAUCACUCCAUCGCAUCAAUCCCACGUCCCACUAUCCCAUCACCAAUCCAGCCCUCCUCUCCUGUCGCCAUCGCUACUAUCCCUCACAAGUCCACCAGCGGCUACGCUUUAACCCUCAGCGAAAGCGAACUCCUGCGCAGCCGUAUCACUCGUGUCCUGUAUAGCUACCUGAUCCUCGAUUUGCUCUCCGUUAUAAUGAUGAGAGAUCCGUACUUCAUCCUCGGCCCGGACAACCACUAUACCGUCCCCUCGCACCUCAACUUACCAACCCCCCUCCUCCUAUUAUAUAGAGAAUGCUUGCCCCUGGCGGGAAUAUGGGCCGCUCUAUGUGGAGCAUUCGGCCUUAACGACAUUGCCCAGUACUUCUUCCUGCGACAAUAUUCUCCCUCCCGCGCCGCCUUAUGGCACUACCCAUCGACGUUUGGCUCCUUCUCCAUGAUAUUGGACCGCGGGCUAGCAGGAUGGUGGGGUGCCUCGUGGCAUCAAACAUUCAGACUAGGACUCCUCGGCCCGUCUACAUAUCUCCUGCGAAAGGGAUACAUGAAACGAGGGUCAGCAACUGCCAAUGCUGUCGGGUUAUUCGUGUCCUUCCUCCAGUCCGGACUCAUGCACGCCGCGGGGAGUCUGACCUCAAUUCCAGACACCAAGCUCUGGCGGUCGAUACUAUUCUUCUUACUGCAAGCUGUUGGCAUCAUUCUUCAACAGCAGCUGGCGUUGUAUCUAUCAAAGUACAUGGGGACUCCGAGCAAAUACAUGCGACGGGCAGGCAACCUGUUGUUCUGUCUAGUGUGGCUGUAUAUUACUGCACCGCUUUUCAUCGAUGACCUAUCGUCUACGGGACUAUGGAUGUUUGAGCCGGUCCCCAUAUCACCGCUGCGAUACUUUGGUUUCGGGUUCCCAGGAGACCACUGGUGGCGCUGGGAUCGCGAAGCUUGGCCAAAGCUGUACGCUGUUCGGCACUGGUGGGAAAUUGGCAUUGCAUUAUAG